AUGACUGCUAAAACCAAUGGUACAGAUGCCAGACAAAACUGUACAUUGCUUCUUCACACCUGCAAUCCAUCUCUCAAGCCAGAUGCACAGUUUGGUGUCAGAACCCGCCAGUCAAUCCAGUUAGUCCAGUGCCACGUCAUCCAGUCUGUGGAAACUACCUGCUCUUCUUUUAAGAAACUGCAGUCUUGUGUUAACAAUACUUUGUUGCCAAAUUACUGUGAAGAUGAUCCUGUGAUCAGCAGUCAAAUAAGUAAUCUUCGACAGUCUUACAGUGACCCUUGUUCAACAGACACCAUGUGCGCCAUCGAGCUCGUGAAGUGCGCGUGCACUGCUGACAUCUUAAACUCCGCCAGCAUGUGCAAGAGUAUAGACAUUUACAAGAACUGUGCAGGGAAGAUAAAAGACUGCGAUAAAAGUACACAAGUGUGGCAGUCGCUGUCAAUCACAUUUAAAAUGUCUGAAGGAGCGUGCAACACAGAGUGUCCUAGUGCUUUCACUUGUUGGAUGUAUGCUGAAGAUCAAGUCGACUUCCUGUUCGCCAGACUACAUUCAUCUGUUGAGAUAUCUAAAAGCCAGACUUGCAGGAGUCUUGCGACUCGGUUCCAAUGUCUCUUGAAAAACACCAGUUAUGCAGUUCCAGCCUCAGUCUUCAGUGGCAGCGGGUUGAAAAAAGCUACGAAGCAGUAUGCUCAAUCUUUCAGCCAAACACAACAAACACUUCUUCCUGUGCAAGUCUCAGGACUUGUGUUUACAAAGCUCAACUGGUAUCGGAGGUCAGCCUUGAUGACCUCAAGUCGAUGGUCGUUGUUUUGAUUCACGCUGCAGAUGUCGGAGAGGCCAUACUGGAUCCAAGAACAUGGUGCAGGGUUCUAAUACACACUAUCGAAUGUAUGGAACAAGAAGCUGACAACUGUUUGCUGACAACAGCAAUGAAGGCAAAGGUUGCAGCUGCCAAUGCCACAGUGAGAGGUUUAUGCAAAG